CAAUCAUUCCCCCUUCUGCGUGAUUGGACUUCUUAUAUAACUUUUAUUUCCGGGUUGCAAUCAUGGCGUGUUGCUGAACUACAUACUCCUGAACCAACAUCAAACAUGGCAUCAGUGGAGGAGGACUUCCCUCGAGGAGGGACAGCAAAGAAACCCACUGAGAGUAAGAUAGUGGUGCAGCGUCCAGAAGUGGACAACCUGUUCCAGUCAAAUGAAGAAGCAGAAACUAAGAAGAGAAAGGGGGCAGCCAAAGAUAACAGCAAGAAACUCAAGAAGCAAAAGACGAGUAAAGAAAAAGAAGAUGCCAAGUGUGUAGAAAUCCUACAUAUGAAGAAUGUGAAGGAGGGUAUGCUGAUGCUGGGUUGUGUGAAGGAGGUGAGAGAUUUUGAGGUGACAGUCAGCCUGCCUUGUGGCCUGCAAGGCUUCCUCGGCAUCAAGAACAUCAGCGACUCGUACACCAAGCUGCUCGUUGAGCAGCUGGAUUCUGCUGAUACAGUGGAGAUCUGCUCUCUGACACACCUCUUCUGUCCUGGCAUGGUUUUAAGGUGUGUGGUUGUUAAGUUGGACAUAACUAAAGGAGGCUCAAUCAGCAUCCAGCUGUCUGUUAAUCCAAAGCUGGUCAACAAGGCUCUCACCUCCAGCUCUCUGAAGGCUGGCAUGGUCCUGAGUGGAUGUGUGGAGAGUGUCGAAGAUCACGGCUGCAUAAUCGACAUUGGCAUCAAUGGAUCCAAAGCCUUCCUGCCUAAGAAAGCAAUAAAAGACAAACACAACGUCAUGGACGAGCUGAAAGUGGGCCAGUAUGUGACGUCUCAGGUUGAAGCAAUAAAGAGCGAUGGGCGUGUGAUCCAGCUUUCUGUCAACCCUCUGACCAUCGCCCAGGCCUGUGCUGAAUCUGGGCAGGGCUGGAACCUCACUAACCUUCUGCCUGGUCUUCUGGUCAGAGCCACCAUCAAAAAGGUGACCAAACAUGGUCUGGUUUUGGACUUCCUGUCCUCCUUUAGUGGCCAGGUGGACUUCCUCCACAUGGAGCCUAAUCAGACAUCCAGCUACACCGAGGGAACCAAGGUGCGAGCCUGUGUGCUCUAUGUGGAGCCGUCCACGCAUCUGGUGGGCUUGAGUCUGCGCAGCUACCUCGUUCAAGCCAGGACCAGAGUUGAGACAACUCCUGCCGGCGGUGACCGCAUUGGUGAGGUGGUGAAAGACUGCAAGAUGAUCACAAUGCACCACAUGUCUGGAGCCAUGUUGGAACUGCCUGAUAAGACUCUGGCCUUUGUACAUAGGAACCACCUUAAAGAGCCGAAUGAGCAAGCUAAUGAGAACAGAGUGGCAGCAAUCCCUGAGCACACCUGCAGAAUCCUGGACUUCAGCCCCAUGGACCAAAUUCAUUUUGUUAGUCUGCGUAGGAGUUUGAUUGAGAAGCAGUUCUAUAGGUAUCAUGAUCUUCAGGCUGGUCAAGUUGUAGAGGGGACAGUGUCAGACCUGCUGAAUCAUGGGAUGGUGGUGCAUCUGUCUGACCACAUUAAAGGUCUGGUGCCUCGGACCCACCUGUCUGACAUUAUCCUUAAGAACCCAGAGAAGAAGUACACAGAGGGCAUGAAGGUCAAAUGUCGGGUGCUGUCAGUGGAUGCUGAGAAUAAGAAGUUGUACCUGACCAGAAAGAAGGCCCUGGUUGAAAGCUCCCUGCCCUUGUUCCUCUGCUAUACCGAUGCUCAUCCUGGCCGCGUAUCACACGGCUACAUUGUCUGCAUUAAAGACUUUGGGUGCAUUGUUCGUUUCUACAAUGAUGUCAAGGGUCUGGUGCCACUCGGCGAGCUCAGCUUUGAACCCGUCAUCAAUCCUGAGGAGGUCUUCUAUGUCGGGCAGGUGUUGAAGACUAAAGUUCUUCAGUGUGACCCUCAGAAGGCAAGGAUGAUGCUGUCUUUUAAGGCUGCGCUGGAGGGAGAAACGGAGCAAGCUACCAAGCCCCAGUUUGACUGUGAGGUUGGGAUGAGGCUGGAGGCCAGAGUGCUGAAAAAGUCCGUAAACAAUCUGGAGGUUACCAUCCUCCCUGAUGAGAUGAGAGCCGUACUUCCCACUGUGCACCUCUCCGAUCACACGUCCAACUGCCCUCUGCUGUGGGAGAGCCUGCAGGAGGGAGACAACAUUUCAAACCUUGUCUGUUUCAACAAGAACAAACAGAAUAUUACUCUCACCAAGAAACCCACAGUGAGGUGGUCACUGGACGAAGGAGUGGUUGCCAAAGAUUUCUCAGAAAUCAGGGUUGGAAUGCAGCUGAUCGGCUGGAUCAAGAACAUCAUGUCUUAUGGCGUCUUUGUGGAGUUCCCAUAUGGUCUGGUCGGGCUUGCACCCAAGGCGGCCAUGACAGACAAGUUCCUUGGUGACACGACCACCGCCUUCAAGCUGGGCCAGACUAUCAUCGCUAAAGUGACAAACCUGGAUGAGGAAAAACACCGUUUUCUUGUCACGCUGAAGAUGUCGGAGGUCAUCUCUCCAGAGGGGGACGCCCAGACCAGACUCAUUAAUGGCCUGCAGGAGAGAAGAGCUGUGGCUGAAAUGCUGGCACUGAGAGAUACCAGUGAUCUUCGUCAGCAGCUGGCUGCUCUGUCUGUUGGUCAGAAGCUGAAGCUGACCGUGGACGCUGCCAAGGACAUCGGUGUGACAUUUAAGUCUGAUGAUUUGGUCGGUGCUACCAUACAGGCCAGCAAGCAUCAUGUCAUGGGUGUUAACUUGACCUCAGGACAGAAAGUUACUGCGGUUGUCCUUCAUGUUGACAUUUUGUCUACUUGUGUCCAUGUUUCCCUGCUUUCCAAGCUGGUGGCGAAGAAGAAAUCUUUAACUGAAGGGUCAAGAUACACAGCGAUGGUGCAGUACGUAGAGACAGACUUUGCUGUCAUCUCACUGGAUGACACUGCACAGCUGACUGUGAUCCAAACCAGCUGCCACCUGAAUGAGAUACUCCUGGGUGAGUCAGAGAAGCUGAAGCCUGGGAGGACUCUGGCAGUUAAGGUUAUAGAAACGAGCUGUCCGGAGCUGCAAGGGCUCCCCCUAGUGUCGUGGGAGCCUUCUGCACAGAAACAACAGCGCACCACAUCAGAGAACCAAGCGGGCUCCAAGGGUCACUGCUUUGGUAAAAUCGUGCAGGGGAAGGUGCGGACAGUGAAACCUACCUGCAUCCAGAUCACACUAGAAGACGGAAGCACGGGCAGUGUGCACGUGUCUGAGGUGGUGGAUGCUGCAGAAGUGUGUCUGGGAUCCUUCCCCACGUCCUCUGUGAAAGUGGGCAGCGUGGUGACCGCCAGGGUCAUCGGAGGGCGAGAAGCCUCCAGUCACAGAUUUUUGCCAUUUUCCCACCCCAAAUUUACAUACAGCAUUCCUGAGCUCACACUUAUCCCCAGCAAACUGGACAAUAGUUUAGAUUUCAAAGCAGUCUCAGUAGAAGAGAAACUAAAUGGCUAUAAAGUUGGGGAAGAAAUUAUGUGCUUUGUAUCAAAGUUUCAUCCAGAGAGGAAGUCUUUAGAGGUCACCACUGAUCCCUGUAUCACUGGGACGGUCGAACUCCUGGCCACCAUCACUGAUGCUAAAGAUGCCAGCCACCCAGAGAAACUGUACAAACUGGGCCAAGCGGUCCGAGCCAAAGUGGUGGAAGUGAGCUCCAAACCUCGCCGCUUUGUGCUGUCGCUCACAGGUGUCCAUAAACUGGAGAAAGGCAGCGUGACUUUGGGGAUGGUGACUAAUAUUCAGCCACAGCUUGGCCUCCAGGUCAAACUUCCCUUCGGUGGCGUGGGCACCGUUGCUGUCACUGACCUGGCUGAUGCCUACAAGCCAAACCCCUUGGAUGGGUACAGCAAGGAUCAGCUGCUCAGGUGUUUCCUCCUACUGAGUGAAAAUGGCAAGUGGCAGUUGUCUCUCCGUCCAUCAAGGCUGACGCCACAGCAGGCUAAGCCAGUGAAGGACCUGGAGGUUUUGUCUGUAGACACGCUGCAGGCAGGCCAGUUCAUCAGAGGCUAUGUCAAAUCUGUGGGAGAACAGGGGGUCUUCAUCAGGUUAUCUCGGAGUAUUACUGGGAGAGCCCAGCUUCAGCAGUCCACCAUGUACUUUGUUAAAAACCACAAGGUUCUUGCUGAGCACCUGCCUCCCAACACCCUGCUCACCACCAAGAUCAUCCGUAUCGACAAAGAGGAGGAGUUUGUUGACCUUUCUCUGCUCCCUGCGGACACUGGGAAGCCAGACAUCCUUCCAGAGUCUCUCGGUCUACCGCUGCGUCUGGUCGGAGAGGAGAAAAAGAAACAUGAUACUAAGAAGAAGAAACGCACGCUCUCCGAGAGCGAAUGGAAACAGACAGAGCCCCAGGUCCCGAAGAAGAAGAAGAAAACAAAGACUGAUGACAGUGACAGUGGAGUGGAGGUGUACUUCAGAGAAGAGGCAGAUGAAGAACCCAAACCUGAUCCCGCAGAACAGGGGACACCCAGUUCGGAGGGUCCAUCCAGACUGCAGGUGGCAGCAGGUUUCUCCUGGGACGUGGGCCUGAGCUCCCUGAAACCUGCCUCUGCAGCUCAGGAGGGCGACUCCAGUGACAGAGAGGACCAAGAUGGAACCUGUCAGCCUCAGAGGAAGUCUCGCCAUGAGCUAGAGCAGGAGAAGAAGGCAGCUGAGAAGGCCCUGGUGCAGCGGGAAGCUGAGCUCAUGGAUCCAAACCUGUGUCCCCAAGAUGCAGCCGCCUUUGAGCGCCUGCUCCUGGCCUCACCCAACAGCUCGCUGCUCUGGCUCCAGUACAUGGCUCACCAUCUGCAGGCCACACAGAUCGAGCAGGCCCGAGCUGUGGCAGAGAGGGCUCUCAAAACGAUUUCCUUCAGGUGUGUUACCUUUGUUGGGAGCCUCAAGAAAGUGUUUGAGCGGGCGCUGCAGUUCUGUGAGCCUAUGCCCGUCUACCAGCAGCUGGCUGACAUCUACGCCAAGUCCAACAAGACUAAGGAGGCGGAGGGAUUGUAUAAGACGAUGGUGAAGCGUUUCCGGCAGAAUAAGGCGGUUUGGCUAAGCUACGGGUCCUUCUUGCUCCAGCAGGGUCAGAGCGAUGCUGCCAGUGCUGUCCUGCAGAGGGCGCUGAAGAGUCUGCCCUCCAAAGAAAGUGUGGAUGUGAUCACCAAGUUCGCUCAGCUGGAGUUCCGGUAUGGUGACGCAGAGAAAGGUCACACCAUGUUUGACAAAGUCCUGACGAGCUACCCAAAACGUACAGACCUCUGGUCCGUCUUCAUCGACCUCACGAUCAAACAUGGAACACAGAAGGAAAUCAGGGCGCUCUUUGAUCGGGUGAUCUACCUGAGUGUUUCAGUGAAAAAGAUCAAGUUCUUCUUCAAGCGCUACUUGGAGUACGAAAAGAAGCAUGGCACCCCGCAGAGCAUCCAGGCAGUCAAAGACAAGGCCAUGGAGUUUGUGGAAGCUAAAGGCACUGAGGCUGCCAACUAAAGACCAAACACACACAGUCAGUACAUACAUUGUGUACGUGUGUGGACAGCAGUGCGCCACGCUCGGUCUGCUCUGUGUGCAUGUUUGUAGCUGCAGAUGCCCAUAUGGUUUCCUUUUCACAAAGAAAUUGCCUACUUGGCUUGUAAUUGAGCUUUUAUAGUUAUAGACUGGAAACUGUUCAGCCUUAAAGAUCUGGCUUUGAUGCUGUAACACGACAAACUUUUGUAAAGUAAAUUGUAACGAGCUAUAAAAGUUUAAAAAAAAAAAACAGCUGUGUAACACUUGAUGAGCUUACAUUUUAGUCCAUUUUGUAUGUAAAGGAGUCUGACCUGAGAUUAAUGAAUAUCAUGACUGUGUCUGAAUAGACAUAUAAAAUGUUUUCUAUUGACUUUUCAAUAAAUCCAACACAUUACAAUACGUUACAU